CGUCAAGAUUCAAGUUGGAAAUAAAAGUUGAUUGUGGCUAAAGUGCAUUUGUUUCUCGUGUAGAAUUUAUUAUUAUUACUUAGUUUAAGUUUGUAGAAUUAAUAGGAAAAAUGUUGCGUUCCAGAAUUGGUGCUCGUCUAUCGAAAACGAUGCAAUUUUGUAAAUAUUCUCAGCAAUGGCAUCAACCCACCGGCUACGAGACUGGUAUACAAGUUUAUAACUGCAUAGCACGUUCGAAUGUGCCCCUAGUGUUGAAGAAUAAGCACAUUGCGACUUGGUACACUUGUGGUCCGACUGUUUAUGAUUCCUCUCAUCUGGGACAUGCGAGUUGUUACGUGAAACUAGAUAUUAUUCAAAGAAUUAUGCGGGAUCAUUUUAAAAUUAAUCUUGUCACUGCCAUGAACAUUACCGAUAUUGAUGAUAAAAUCAUUAAAAGGAGUCACGAAAGUGGUAGGUCAUGGCAGGAGCUAACUAAACUCUAUGAAACAGAAUUCUGGAAUGAUAUGAAGAGAUUGCAUGUUAUAGAACCAAAUGUAAAAAUCAGAGUUACAGAAAAUAUACCGCACAUAGUUGCAUUUAUUAAAAAGCUCAUCGCAAACAAAUUGGCAUACAUUGGACGAGAUAAGUCGAUUUAUUUUGAUGUUAAUUCUUAUCCUGGCUAUGGAAAGCUUCAAAGACUAAAUAUAGAACAGGUUAGUCAUGAACUUAAAGAAUCAACAAUUGAUUUCGCUCUUUGGAAAGCCCAAAAGGCAUCAAAUGAACCCUCGUGGUCAUCACCAUGGGGCGACGGUCGUCCUGGUUGGCACAUAGAGUGCAGUGCCUUGGCCAGUAUGAUCUUCGGCAAUGGGAUUGACAUUCAUGCCGGAGGUCUUGAUCUAAAAUUCCCGCAUCAUGAGAACGAGGAGGCCCAAAGUUGUGCCUUUCAUGAAACACCACAGUGGGUUAACUAUUGGUUGCACACGGGUCACUUAAGUAUUGCUGGACAGUCGGAAAAGAUGUCAAAGUCUCUCAAGAACACAAUCAGUAUCGAUGAAAUGCUUCAGUCUUAUUCUAGUGAUGAAUUUCGAAUGGCGUGUAUUCUAUCUAACUAUCGAAAUUCAGUUGAGUAUGGAGAUAAAAUGAUGAAUACCGCACAUGGCACUCUUAAGAGAUUCCACGAAUUUAAUGUGAACGUAGAGGCCUAUUUGAAAGGAAGAAAACGUGGGGCAUUGAUUGAUUCAAACGAAAUUCUUGCACUUCUAUCGAAAUCCAAGCUUCUUAUAGAUCAACAUCUGAAGGAUGAUUUCAACACAGCUCGAUGCAUUGGGGUCUUAAUCGAACUCUCAUCAGCAGUCAGUAAAUCAAUUAAUUCAACUACAGAAAAUGAACAGACCUUCGCUUCUAAUCUGGAUACCAUAGCUGCAGUUCGAAAUUUUGUAAAUUGCAACUUACAGAUGUUCGGAUUUGAAAUAGGCGAUGCAACACACAUAGAUGAUAAUAAUUUGGACUUAUCAUCUUUGUUGGAGGAUUUAGUGAAAACAAGAAGUGAUAUGCGACAACGAGCAAUGGAAACUAAGAACAAGGAGAUGUUUAGAGUAUGUGAUGAACUAAGAGACUGCUUGAAAAGAAAUGGCGUUGAGUUAAAAGAUCAUUAUCAAGGAAGUACGUGGAAUUUCACUAAAUAAACAAAUAUUUAGUUUAAUUU